AUGUCUUGGUCUUUCGCACAGGCGACUAAUGAGACUCUGGUUUGGUGCCCCGCCUUCGCGCGUACCGUGCAUCUUCGAACAGGUGAGAAGACGAAGUGGGUUCCAGUACCACCGGAGGAGCUGCAAUUUGAGCGGCCAAACCGCACGCAGCAUCAGAGGCCUCGUCCUCCACAAACCGACCGCAACUCCCGCCCACCAGGCGGGCCUUCAGGUGCACCGUCCACGUCCUCAGGACAAGGAUCGCAGCAACAAAGUCGGGCACAGUCCUCUGCCGGCAUGCGUCCGCCUCCCUCGCACACCGGUUCUGUGUCACAUUCCCAGGCGCAAAGCCGGACUGGGAGUGUUCACUCAAGUCCGCGCCAUGCCAGCAUCCGUGGAGGCGGCAGACGGCUGCCCGAUGAAGGUGGCGCACCUCCGUUCGGUGCGAGCAGGAGUAUGCGCUCGUCGGGGCCAAACUCUCCCGCAGCAUUCGCGCAGCCACAGCCGCUGCCCCCACAGGAGUUCAUCCCGGGCGUACGCUCGUUCAUCAGCACAAACGGCGGGCAGGGCGGUUGGGACCCCUCGUUACUCAGCACCAUUCCUGACUCUGGCGCGCCCGACAUGCCUCCUCCAGGCCCAUUUUACCCACCGCCCGGCCCGCCGCUCGGCAUGUCGCCGUACCACUCGCCGCAGCCUGCGGGCUCCCCAGCCCCCAAUCCUUACGCACAACCGCCCAUGGUCUACGCUGGCCAGCCGGGCAUCCCUCAGCCUGUCCACGCCCCCGGAUAUGGCACACCACCGUACCCGAUGUACCCUCCCUACUCCUACGGCUAUCCUCAACCGUACAUGUACUGGCCUCCGCCUAAUGGUCCACCGCCCCCACCUCCACCGCAAAGUAUGCCCUCUGGAUCUCCCGCUAUGAACCCUGUGCACCCCGGUGACCUCGGUAUACCUCCACCUACCCUGAUGGCAAGGCCUCCGCCGCCGAACGAGUCGGAGGCUGUAGCGGGAUAUCGCGAUGUUGCAGCAACCCUGCCUGCUGUAGAGGAGAACCGGGCUCAACAAAAUGGAGGGCAGAGCAGCGAGCGGGGAAGGCGAAUACGCGAGCUCAACUUUGGCAGCAUCGCUUUGCAGGGCACCCAGAGCCCUAGUCCUGCACCGGGAUCACCGAACACGGGCGCUGGGUCUGUCUCCGGAGGCGCUGACCGGGUGAGCGUACCAGCGGAUGAGCAGAGCGGUGAGGACAAGGCGGAUGGCAAGACCUUCGCGGUCUUCUCUAUAGGCGUUGCGCCCGGAGAGACUGGGCCUGCUCGCUUGCGCUCUCGCACACAUUCCAAAGGUCCUGCUACAACUGUCUCGGCGGGCGGUGAGGGUGAGCAAAGCGGGACAUCGAUCGCGGACGCUGUUGCCGUCCUUGUAGACGUCGCUUCGAAAGCGCUCGACCUGACCGAUCCCACCACAAAAUGGGAGUUCGGGACCACGAAUAGUGUCGAAGAGCUUGCUGGUGACCGGACCGAGGAUGCUGCACCCUCGACGACGAACGACGCACAAACAGUCGAUGUCCUCUCUCACCAUCCGUCGAUAUCUGCUGCGCCAUUCGUGCCCAUGGGUGCGCACUAUGGAGCUCCUCCUUUCGUGCCACCAGUCAUCAUUCCCGGCGCACCGGUCAACGGCAUGCCUAGCGCAACCUCGCCUGUCUUCACCCCUCGGCAUCCUGCUUCUGCCACGGAAGCUGACGAGUGGGCGGUACGCGACUACGGCUUUGGCUUUGGUAGGGGUGGACCUCCGGGAGCGGGACAACCAUCAGAAUAUCCUCCGCGCGACGACAGGUCGUUCCGUGAAAGACGCGACUUUCAGCCUCAGGGGCCCGACACCUUUGGCAGACCUCGGCGAGGUUCGUACGGUCAGCAGGGCGGGUUUGAUCGCGGUGGGUUUGGAGGUCGACGAGGCAGAGGUCUCAGCGGUGGGUAUGGUGGACGCGGCUACUCAAAUCGGGUCUACUCCGGCGGGCGUGGGGGAUACGCGAACCAGGCCCACCAGAGACAACCACCGUACGCCCCCCCACCGCCACCACCGCCGCCUCCUCAGCCAGAGGUCAACUACUAUGCGCCGCCCAUCACUCCCCUUACUACCUAUCUCCCGUCGCCGUAUGAGCCCUACCCGUACGCCCCGUUCCCUCCACCCGCGCCUCCACCGCAGAUGGCAGGGCUGCAGAGCUCGGCACCUCUUCCUGUUCCGCUGACCCCGAUCUACUUCCCGAUCGACUCUACGCGAUACUAUCUGCUCGGCCAGCUGGAGUACUACUUGAGCGUGGACAACAUGACGCUUGACUACUUCCUCCGUCAACAGAUGGACUCGCACGGGUGGAUCCCGAUCCCGCUCAUCGCGUCGUUCAACCGCGUGCGCACGCUGACGACGGACCUGCAAGUCGUCACGGACGCCUUGACGCUGUCGUCGCUGGUUGAGGUCAGGGAUGGCUACGUCCGGAUGACUCAGUGGGACAAGUUCGUCCUCCCUACUGCGCACAAGAGCUCGGUGGAGCCGGAUCAAUACUACGAAGGCUCACAAGUCGAUCAAGCGCUGCUUGCACCCGCUGGACCUGAGGGCGCCGAGCUCGAGGCUCCCGUUGAGCAUCCGGUAACGAACGAGGCUCACGAUGUUGAAGAAGAGGAAGAAGAGGAUGUUGAGUUCGUCCUUUGA